AUGGAAAGAACGCCGCUAUCCCCUAGUGCUCGGUUGAAUGGGCAUAAUGGAGCAGUGCUAUGCGCCAAGUAUGCCGAGAAUUCCAUCCUUGGACCCGACAUUCUUGCUUCUGGAUCAGAGGAUCAGACAUGUCGACUUUGGGAUCUUCGACAAAUGCGGGCUAUAAAGGGUAUUCAAAAGCUCAAUGAUGCUGUUUCCAGUGUUGCAUUUGGACAAAACGCUGAAUUGUACUUGGCGGUCGGCACAAAGGUUUACACAUAUGAUCUACGAAAUGACGGCAUGAUCAUCAGCGAACCAGUACAAGAAUAUGCGUUCAGCCAAGAUGAGAUCAAUAGUAUUGAUAUCCAUUCGAACGGAAAGUACCUCGCUACUGCCGAUGAUCAAGGAGAAGUUAAAGUCAUUGACCUUGAGCGCCAUAAGCCUUACAAGAAGCUAGUGAAAAAGCACGACAAUAUAUGUAUGGCAGUACGAUUUCGCGCAAAGAAACCAUGGGAAGUCUGGUCCGGUGGUCUUGAUUGUAGACUUUUCCAGUGGGAUUUCUCGCGGGGCGUUCCAGUGAACGGCUAUGAUACCAAUGCGAAUGAAGCGUCCUCCGCACAAAUGUUCAACCCACCUUUCGUUUAUUCUAUUGAUACAUCUCCCACUGGAAAUUGGGUCGCUGCUGGUCUGGGCGACUGCAGCAUUCAGGUUCUUGGUGAAGUGGGAGGAUCCAAGAAGAAGAAGAAGCAGACAUGCCAUGCUCGCUUGAUGGAUGCUCACACCAAUUUGGUCAACUGUUUGUGCUUCUUACCACAAGGGCAAGAAGAUGGAUCAUCCUUUGAACAGCUUUUGUCGGGAUCGGCAAAUGGUAUUUUGGCUCGAUGGGAAUUGAACGAAGAACAAAUCCAAGCUAGCGAUAUGUUAGCGGCAAAGUCUACAUACCAGCUAGAUAAUUCAGUGGCGCGUCUGAACUGGAUCGAGUCGUGUGGUACUGAAGGGAAUGCAUAUCGGAUUGCAGCCGCUGGUGUUGGAAAUCAAACCAACCAAGGCACGCUCAAUAUUUAUUCCAUCAUUUAA